AAAAAGGGACAAAGACAUGUGUGCCAUGGUUACACGGAUCUGAGAAAGAUUAUUGUUAUUUUUUUAUCCAAAAAAUAUUUUUGUCGCGUCGGUGCUUUGAAUGGGCUGCGCAGGAUGCGAGGUGGAUGAGGAGCAGUUCAAGUCGCCGCCGGUUGCACUGAUGCAGCACAGCGGCUAUUGCUUCAUCCGUUAUGUCUUCUGGAUCUUCAACUGCCUCAUUUGGAUUGGGGGAUGCGGACUUCUCGGAGCCGGGAUUUGGAUGAGGCUAGCACAUGCCGGAUACGCCAAUCUCUUGCCUCAUUUGAGUCUUUUUAGCGUCGAUUCGCUCGUGAUCGCGAUUGGGGGAUGCGGACUUCUCGGAGCCGGGAUUUGGAUGAGGCUAGCACAUGCCGGAUACGCCAAUCUCUUGCCUCAUUUGAGUCUUUUUAGCGUCGAUUCGCUCGUGAUCGCGGUCGGUGUGAUAACGUUCGUCACCGCCUUUUUUGGUUGCUGCGGUGCUUGGUUUCAGCAGCAAAUCUCCCUAAUAAUCUAUUUCAUCCUCGUCAUCCUGAUUACGAUAGUGGAGCUGAGCACGGUCACAGCCCUUUUCGUGUACCAUGCUGAAAUCGGGAACUCAUUCCAAGUGGAGUUGAUGAAAGGAAUCCAACUGCAUUACAACAGGACUGCGGAUUUUGAGGCCCUUGUGGAUAUCUGGGACGAUAUCCAAACCGAGUUCGAAUGCUGUGGCGUGAGAUCCUACGAGGACUGGUUCCUGGCGGCUUCGUUUUCGGAUGUUGACCAAAUUCCAGCUUCUUGUUGCCGCCGACAAGUUUUAUACACGGGUUCGUGUCGCACAGUGGACCCACUUCCGGAAGAGAUUUAUUCCCGCGGGUGCUACGUUCGUGUGCGGGACUGGGUCCUGGAACGUUUGCAUUUCGUCGGCAUUGGGGGUCUGCUGUUGGCCUUUUGCCAACUUUUUGGCUUGGUCACCUCCAUCCUCAUGUACUGCACGUUGAGAGAUUUGGCGCUUCAAGCUGCUCCUUAUUCGCCGUACAAGGCCUACGAGAGUGCUUGACUGAAGGGAAAAAGAAAGAGGAUUGAUGCAAGACGAAUCCAACGACAGUAUUUCCUGUUUCCCCCUUUUUCUUUUUUACACUUUUAGGAGUCGAAACGAAUGAUCAAGUGUUGGCGGGAUUUCCGUGUACAGUGGUUUCUCGGCUAAUGACCUUGUUCCGUUGCAGUGGAUAGUCUUUUUUCCAUAAGUCCAUUAUCCGAGUAAAAUUGUGUUGAAUUACUGCUUGCUUCCAGUUCCCGAGAAAGUACCUCAUUUGAGUAAUGUGUGAUCUAUAUGAAGAGAUGAAAUGUUUCGGAUUCCUCGAAAAUGUCCCUCAUACAUUCUUGAAUAAAUUUAUAAAUAAAUGGAUAUCCGAUAUUAAAUUUGAAAUAAUGUGACCGAAAAUUCGGCACGAAGUAAAAUUAUACUGUAAGUGACCCAAGCCGAAGGAAAAAAAUGAAACUUCCUUCACUGGCUGGAAGUAAUUUUAUAUUUCCCGAAGGAACUACGAUUUUCAACAUGAGCGAUCACUUUUCGUAGUCUUUCCGAAGGAAGGCCCACUAUCCGAGGCAAAAAUCGGCGGGAGUAUAAGUUUAUUUUGCGAAAAAUCCACUAUUCCAGGCGUCCAUUAUUCGGGUUACCACUGUAUUGAAUUGAGCUUAUUUCUCUGGUCUUUUUCUUGGAAAACGCAUCAGUAAUGUUUGUUGAUCUGAAGUCCUCCUCCAGAUCUGGAAGAAUAUCGGAGUUAGAAUCUUGAUUCAUGGUCUCGGGAAGAGGUGCAUCUCUUUAAAAAUAAUUUUUAAAUACUGCAUCUAAUUUCCCCUCAUGGGUUUCGAAUGUGAAGUGAGGACCUUUUUGAAAAUUUUCAGUGUUAGCAGACCCAAUGAAAAGGUUUAUUCAAAGGUACCGUCAAGAUUUUUGAAGAUCACACGAGGGAUUCCAGUUUCGAUUCAAGGUCUUGAGCGGAAGGUGCAGUUCUUUAAGAAUUGGGUUUGGAAUUCUAUUUUUAAUUUUAAACGAAUCCCGAGUACGGUAGAAGAUGUACAUUUUUGAUGGAAUCGUGAUUUAAUUCGUUCAACGCUUUAAAUCAGACUUUUUUUUUUUUUACUUUUCUUGUGGUCAAAUCUCAACUACAUCAUUGUCAAAUUAUCGGAAAAGGCUAGAUUCGAACGUCAGAUCAUAGUCAGAUAUUUUUUUGAAAAUGCGACUUUGACCCAUUGAGCUUUUAUUAAGUAGUUCCGCAAUUGAAAAGUACUGUAUUCUUCCGUAAAUUGAAAGUUCAAACGUACGUCUCUUAAGGGUUCUUCCGUGCAAGAGCCGCACUGUUUUAUCGAAGAAAAAAUACCAAAUCAUGCCAAAUAUCUUAGUCAUUUUGAAACCGUCCCUGUUCGGUUGACUGUCGAGUUUUUCUUUUCAUCGACUGUGGAAGGAAAAGUUCAAGCGAAAACCAGAAGUAUGAAAAUUUAGCUGAGCCCAGCUAAAUCCGAUGGCUUUCUGUCUCUUUCUUGACGUGAUUCAGGCGGGAAAUCCGCUAUUUUCCGAAAGCUGGAAUAAUUCUUCUACGAGAAUUCCGUGCCAUUUUUUAAAAAUGUGAAGUAGGGUAGGAUAUACGAAAUCUCGCGAGCUUCCUUCGAAUCGUCCUCGGUGUUUCAUUGACUAAUUACAUCCCAUUUAUUGUUCGUGUCGUGCGUGUCUGUGAAAUCGUGUAUUGCAUUUUUGAAUAUUUCCGGAAAUCGGAAACAGUUUUGCGUUCUUCAGAAUUUUUCCUCAAGAAUCCUGCCUGGAAGCCGUUGGAUGAAAUGUCAAGGAUGUGUUCAAUUUUUGGACGUGGCGCUCUGCCAAGAUGAAAUCGCUCUGUUCGAAUAUCAAGACUUUUUUCUACCCACCAAAGAAAUUCCGCAAGAACCAUUUUGCUUUCCUAUUUUGUAUUCUGUAUAAUUUUUUUUUGUGGUUUGACCCGGAAAAAUGUCUUACAUUUUUCAA